AUGUGGCUAAAAAUCAAAGUACUUUCAUGGAAAAGCUUACAACUACGAAAAAGACAUUGGUUGGGUACUAUAAUUGAAAUAACAGUACCGUGCUUAUUAUUUUUUUUAAUAAAUUAUUUAAAGUCAAUCGAAAAAACAUCUAAACCAAUAACUAUGGACCAAACUAUACCAACACCAAUUUCUGAAGAUGUCUUAUACAAGGAAUUUACGCCACACAAUAAUUUUAUACUAUAUACUCCUCAAACCAAAGAAACAGAAGAAAUUAUGAACAUAGUAAAAACAAAAUUAAACCUUUUGAAUAAUACUAUUGGAACAGCUAUUAGUGAAAGUGAAAUAAUAAAUAAAUUUAAAAGAAAAUUAAAAAACAGUUCACAUAAUCCAAAUCUUAUUGGAUUUGGAAUUGUUUUUGAAGAAACUAUAAAAUCCCAUACUUUGAAGUACAAGAUAAGAAGCACAGAUACGUUACUGCAAACCGAUUCUUUGUUUCCAUCGAUUGAAUUACCAGGACCUAUGAACUCUGGCGAUCGAUACCUAACUAUGGGAUUUUUAGCAUUACAGUUGACCUUAGACAAAGCUUUUAUUUUGUUGGGUGCCCAUAAUAAAAGUGGUCUUAAUAUAAAAGAUUAUAGUUUAGAAAUUCAGUCGUUUCCCUAUACAAAAUACAUAAUGGAUUCAUCAUUUCAAAUGUAUUUUAAAUUUCACUUUCCGCUAUUUACUGUUUUGGGUUUUUUCUUAAUGUGUUCCAAUACAACUAAAAGAGUUGUUGAAGAAAAAGAUUCGGGCAUAAGAGAACUAAUGACAAUUAUGGGUCUUCGACCAUGGAUGAUAUGGAUAGGAUGGAUAUUACAUAACUUUUUUGUAUAUGCGAUAUCAAUUACAAUUAUCACGUAUAUUACUUGUUUUAAAACAACUACUGAUCACGGAAAGUUAUUAAAUUAUACAAAUCCAUUACUGUUUUGGAUUUUUUUAAUAAUGUAUAUGAUUGCUGGAGUAUUUUUUUGUUUCGCAAUUAGUAGUUUCUUCAGUCGACCAUUAAUGGCUUUAAUUGUUGGAGUUAGUGUAUGGUUAUUCACUUACGUUUUACCCAGUUGUAUUGUGAAACCCUCUACAAGUAUUCUAAUUCAAACACUAUUGACAUUACUUCCAAAUUUUGCAAUAGUAUAUGUUUAUAAAGCUAUAUCAUCACUUGAAACUCAAGGAACGGGUCUUCAAUUCUCCACUCUAUUUACUGCUGGAAAAGGCGGUAAUAAUUUUUCUGUUGGUUUCAUUCUACUAAUGUUUGUUGUUGAUUGUUUCUUAUAUGGAUUUAUUGCUUGGUACAUUGAUUCAAUCAUGCCAGGAGAAUUUGGUGUUGCAAAACCAUUUAAUUUCUUGUGUAAAUGGUCGAAAAAUAAGGAAGAAAAUAAUGUAACAAUUCCCAUUAGUAAACGCAAUAGUAGGCUUUUCGAAAAACCUUCAAAUAAUUAUGAAGUUGGAAUUAGUGUUCAAAAUUUACAUAAACGUUUUGGAAAUGUUUAUGCAGUUAAUGGAGUAAAUUUGGACCUAUAUAAAGGGCAAAUAACUGCACUUUUAGGUCACAAUGGUGCUGGAAAAACAACCACAAUGUCAAUUAUAACAGGGUUAUUUUCUCCAACAUAUGGUACUGUAAAUGUUAAUGGGAAUGACUUAUUUACUAACAUUGACAAUUUUAGACAAAAUCUUGGUUUAUGCCCUCAACAUAAUUUACUUUUCUCUUAUUUGACUACUCUGGAUCAUUUAAUAUUUUUUGGAAUGCUAAAAGGUUUACCAUUGAAAAAUGCAAAGUCAGAUGGUUUACAUUCGCUUAAACUUUUAAAUAUGCUGGAAAAGAAAAAUGAACUAGUAAGUAAUCUCUCUGGAGGAAUGAAACGAAAGUUGUCACUUGCAAUUUCAUUAGUUGGCGAUCCUAAAAUACUAAUAUUAGAUGAACCAACAUCUGGAAUGGAUCCUGAAUCUCGAAGACAAAUGUGGGAUUUACUACUGUCUUUCAGAGGAACCAGAACUAUUUUGAUAACGACACAUUUUAUGGAAGAAGCUGAUGUUCUUGGUGAUAGGAUUGCUAUCAUGGAUCAUGGAAAAGUUAUAUGUUAUGGAACUUCAUUGUUUUUAAAAAAAGCAUAUGGAACUGGAUAUAACUUGACUAUUGUAAAAGAAGAAUCAUUUGACGAGUCUAAAAUUAUAGAAGAAAUUAAAAAUAUUAUACCAGAAGCAGAAAUUCAAAGCUCAUUGGCAGCUCAAGUUGUCAUUAAUUUACCCAAUGAAAAUAUUGAUCAAUUUCCAGAUGUAUUUAGAAAAUUAGAACUUAAUAGAGAAAACUUCUCUAUUAAAGGAAUGGGUAUAUCUUGUACAACAAUGGAAGAAGUAUUUAUAAAAGCUGAAACAAAUAUACCUGAUGAUGAUAUAUCAUCUGUAAACACACCAGUAGAUGGUAAUAGUUACCAGUUGAUUAUAGCCAAAGGAGUUGAUUGUAAUGUUGACCAAGUGACUAAUUUAAUUCAACAGUAUGUGCCUGAAUUUAUUUUGAUGGACGAGACAGAAAUGCAAAUUAUAUUUAAUCUACCAGCUACAAAAAAAAAUCAAUUUGGUGCCCUAUUUUCUGCUCUUGAAUUUCAAAAAGAAAAUUUUCAGAUGAAAAAUAUUAAAAUAAUCAACUCAACUACAGGCGGCAUCUAUCCAAAUUCAGUCAUAUCUGGGGAUGAUGAAGAUGAACCAAAACAACCAUCUAAUAAUGAUUUUAUACAAACUUUUAGGCCAAAGUAUACAAGUGGAAUUAUAUUAUUGAAAAAUCAAUUUAAAGUAUUAUUAGAAAAAAAAAUCAUUUAUACACAUAGGAAAUGGUUUUUGUCAUUAUUUUUUGGAAUUAUACCUAUUUUAUUGGGUCUAUUAGUUAUGAAAUUCACUAAUUCUAUGAUGAAUGAUUCCUAUGUUUCCCACGGUUUAAAGAUAUCAUUAAGCACCUACAAAGAUAGCAGUGCAUAUUACCGUGCUGGAGAUAAUUCUCCACAAAAUUUGGAACCCACAUUUGUAGCUAUUUCUAAAAAAAAUAAAGCUACCGUCAGUGAAAUAUCAUCAGAGAACAAUAUAAUUAAUGAUUUAUUAAAAAUGUGCAAAGAAAAUGUAUUAAACUACAGAACAAAUCUUAUGAUCGCUGGUGACUUUAACCAAACAAAAUCAACUAUUUUAUAUAAUAAUAUAGCUAUUCAUACUCCACCAAUUGCAGUAAAUCUUUAUUCUAAUGCUUUAUUACAAAAAUUGUCUGGAAAUUAUGAAUCAUGCAUUUCAACUGUCAAUGAACCGAUUUUAUUGGAUGAAAUGAAUUCAUGUAAUGAAUCACUUGGAACAGCAUUAGUAUUACUUUGGCUAACUGUUUUCACGCCUGGUUUACUGUACUCAAUAGGAUAUGUAAUGGCGUUACCAUUAUAUGAAAGAGCGAGUGGAAUUAAACACUUACAAAUGAUGACUAAACUUUCUCCAAUCAUGUAUUGGAUUACUUGUUUCAUUUGGGACUAUUUUUGUUACAUAAUUGUGAUUUUAUUAACAAUGACAGGUAUAUAUUUCAUGGAUAAAAAUGGUAUAUUUACUGGUUCAAACGAAGUUUGUGCUUUAUUUACAUUACUAUUUCUUUAUGGAUGGAGUUUAAUAUUCUAUGUAUAUGUUUAUAGCUAUUUAAAAAAUUCCCUAAUCAGUUCCAUGUUAUUGUUUGUUUCAAUUAAUUUUAUAAUCGGUUUGUUUAUUAGUAUUUUCUUUUAUCUACUUGCCGAUUUCAUAAGAAAUAUUAACAAAACUAGUUCAUUUAACACAUUGAAUAUAAUAAGAUUAAUACUUUUAAUUAUUCCACAUUUUUCUUAUUCAUCAUGCUUAGUAGGAUUUCUACUAAUAACAUGGGAAAACAAUAUGUGUAAAGUAUGUAAAUCUACUAUGGUUGAAAUGUGUACAGAUGCUAUUGGUUCUAAACCAAAAAGUUAUUUUGUUUUCAAAUCUGAUAAAAAUCCAUAUGGCAUACUCGAAGAAACUUUAUUUUUAUUUCUCAGUAGCAUACUGUAUAUAUCCAUUAUAUUAUUAUUUGAUUAUAAAAUAUUUCCUUUAUUAUAUCAGUAUGCUUUUAACAAAAUUAUUGGCACUGGUGAAAGUUAUAGAGAUGUUAAUGAAGAUUCAGAUGUCAGCAAAGAAAGGGAUAAAGUUAAUGUAGCUAAAACUCAUCCAAAUAAUGCUUCAUCGCCAUUAUUGCUGAUUGAUGAUUUGGUUAAAAAGUUUAAUUUUAAAUUCACCGGUGUUAGAGGUAUAAGUUUUGCCGUUUCCCCUGGUGAAUGUUUUGGCUUACUUGGAGUAAAUGGUGCAGGUAAAACAACUACAUUCCGAAUUUUAACUGGUGAUAUAUUUCCUUCAAAAGGUGACGCUUCCAUUUUGACUAAUAAGUUGUACAAACUCAGCUCUAAUAGAAAUCAGUAUAUUUCUUUGAUUGGUUAUUGUCCUCAAUUCGAUGCAAUAAAUGAUCAACUUACUGGAAGAGAAACUUUAAAACUAAUGGCAGUUUUGAGAGGUAUAUCGCCAACAGACGCCAAAAUGCAUGUUAGUAAAUGGAUUAAACUUUUAGGGUUUGAAGAAUAUCAAAAUCGACCCUGUGGAAAAUAUAGCGGUGGUAAUAAGAGAAAAUUAAAUACUGCAAUGGCAUUAAUUGGAGAUCCUCCUGUUGUAUUUUUGGACGAACCCACUAGUGGAGUAGACCCCGUAGCAAGACGUAACUUAUGGAAAUUAUUGGCUGCUAGUCAAAGAGAUGGACAAGCUAUUGUACUUACAUCACAUAGUAUGGAUGAGUGUGAAGCACUUUGCAACCGUUUGACAAUAAUGGUGGAUGGCGUAAUGAAAUGUAUUGGUAACAUACAAUAUUUGAAAAAUCGUUAUGGACAAGGGUUUACAAUAAUGAUAAAACUACGUAAUAAUGAAAAUUUCAAUGUUACUGAACUAAAGUUUGAUAUAGAACAACAGUUUGCUCCAGACAUCGUUUUAAAAGACGAACAUAAAGGUUUAUUGCAUUAUCACGUUACUAAUCCCAGUUCACUAUUGUCUGAGGUAUUUAGUAAGAUAAAAGCAAUUAAAGAAAAUUAUACUGCAAUUGAAGACUAUACUGUUGGUGACACAACUCUUGAACAAGUAUUCAUUGCAUUUGCAAAAAAACAGGCUGUCUUAAAUAUGACAUAA